ACUUGUAAGCAUUAAUUCAGUCCCAGCUGCAUACUGCCGCCUUUCGAACCCAAGUUGACGGAAAUGGGAAAACACGGGAAGAAGCAAACCGCCAAUCACCGCCGAGGGAAAAAAUCAUCCUACCUUCUCCAAGACAAUGAAGAGGGAGAGAUUAAUGAGUACCCGUUAAACCCUCCUUCCGCUCUCUCCGAUUCCGACCCAGAAUCGCAGGAAGAAGAAGACGAAGAAGAGGAUAUUCAAGAAAACGAUGAGGGUUCUGAGAUAAGUGCCGAAAUCGACAGUGGGCUGCCCUCAAAAUUCUCUCUUUAUCAACAGUCCGUGCAGUCGCCAAAAGGGGAUAUAAGCUAUCUUCAGAAGUUCUUUUUGAUGUAUGUGGGUGGGAGGGCGCCCCUCCAUUUACAAGAAGACUUUUGUGGCACUGCUCUUUUGAGCAUAGAAUGGCUUCAUGGUGAUGCUAGAAGAACUGCUGUAGGCUUAGAUUUAGACGUCGAGGCACUGGACUGGUGUCUGGAGAACAAUGUCAACAGAAUUGGGCCUGAUAUUCGCUCCAGAAUAUCCCUGUUUCACGGAAAUGUCUUGCAACCUCUCGAAUCAAAAUUGGUUAACUUUAGCCCUGAUGAGAUUUUGCAGAAAAUGACUUUGGAAGAUAAUGAAGGUGAGUCAGUGGACGGCACAACUAGUUCUUGUCUAGAGGAGAGCGCUAAGGCCGUCCAAGAUGCCAAGUCCUUAAACGAUGUUCAAUUGCCUCCCAGGGACAUAGUGUGUGCUUUUAACUACAGUUGCUGCUGCCUGCACAGUCGUAAAGAGCUGAUUUUGUACUUCAAGCAUGCACUCAAUACCCUCAGCCGGAAAGGUGGUAUAUUUGUCAUGGAUUUAUACGGAGGCACAUCUUCAGAGGGUGUGCUACGGCUUCAGAGGAGAUUUCCAAAUUUUACUUAUGUCUGGGAGCAAGCGGAAUUCGACAUAAUUCAAAGGAAAACGAGAAUCAGUCUACAUUACAACCUCCACAAGCAGAAAAGGAAGAUUCGACAUGCAUUUAGCUACAGCUGGAGACUAUGGUCGUUGCCAGAAGUGAAAGAUUGCUUGCAAGAGGCCGGAUUCAGCUCAGUUCACUUUUGGAUACGUAGUAUGCCUGACAGCGGACAAAUUAGGCGCACGGAUGGGUUCUCAGCCGGACGAGAUAUAAAGUACGAAGAGGCUACGAGCUUCCAGCAACAGGAUUCUUGGAACGCUUAUGUCGUCGCUGUUGCAUAGCCGGUAAGCAAAUAAGUACCUUCUUGCUUGUUUGGGUCCCUUGAAGCUGGAGAAAGACAUGGUCAUGAUUUUGGUUAUUUAAUUUCUUCAUUUGCUUGUUUUAUGCAAUAGACUAUUGUCGAAAUAACAUGAAUGCAAUUGGAACUAUUAUAAAAUCAUGUCGUCACCACGUCAACAGUUGACAUUCCCUUGAUA